GCAUGGUGAGGAUAAGAGUCAUUAUACCGAUGAUGGCAGACAGUACUAGCACCAUUCCUAAUCUUUCCCCCAAUUCCGAUUAUGCAUUAAAUGGAUUCCUUUUGGAAAUUGGAAAUGAAAUUACAGAUGAAGAGCUAGAUAAUCUUAAAUUUCUGGUAUCAGGAGAGUACGGAUUCACAAAAAGAGCUCUUGAAAAAAUAAAGAAACCUAUUCAUCUGUUUUCUGCAAUGAGAGAGAGAGGCUUCUUGAAUUCUAACAACUUGAUCACUUUGCAAUCAAUGCUGUGGCACAUUGGAAAACGUAACCUUCAUGCAAAAUAUGUAGAGUUUGCUGAAACCCUGAGUGCGCCCUAUUUUGUUGUUCCAAAUGAUACACCAGAAAAUGGAUACAAGUAUGUACCUUUCCAUAUCAAAGGCAAAAGUCUUAGCCAACUCAAUCGUUCUAAUUUGGAGGAUUUGAGGAUGAAGGUUGCCGAAAUAAUGCGUGUUCCACCACAGUUUAUCAUCAUUGCGGGAAUACAAGCUUCCAAUAGUCUUCUUAUUACUUUUAUGGUCCCAGGAGAAUAUGCACAUUACUUGAAGGAUUGUAAAAGUGAACACAUCCCUAUCCUGCAGCUGUUGUCUGUUGAUAGUUGGACUGUGGGCGACACCACCGUUACAGUAAAAGAUGACCACAUGGAAACAAAGAUGCAACAUUCUCCUUCAAGAUCACGGCAAAUGGACAGAGAAGUCCAAAACGCGAUAGAGAGGUACCGACAAAUCCAGGAGGCGCUUGACAAAAAAGAGGAAGAAUUUGAAAGAUUUAAACUAAAUGGUUGGUUUGCAGCCAUAUUCUUUCAAGCAAAGGCAUUCUUGGAUCGGUAUAAUUUGCAUAUCGAAGGGAAAAAGCAAUAUGAAAAGAUUUACUGCAACUAUGUAGCUUCAUUGAAGGAAACCUCAGUUUUUGCCUACUUCCGCUACAUGUUGAAAACUGUCCGAAAAAAGAGCUAUGAUGAAGACAUCAUAUCAGCCCUGCUAGAAGCACACUCACUGGUUUCUCUGUGGCACAAAAAACAGAGGACAGAUAUCAUAAUUAUGGAUCUCCAGAAUCAAAUUCAAACGCUUCUAUUGCUGUUACGCAACCAACAGGUUGCGCAUACUAUGUUGAAAUGGGAGAGAGAUAAAUUAAAAUUUUACAUUGGUAUUGGAGAAAAACAUAAAAUAUUGUCGGCUAGGGAGGAAUUCUUCCUGAGUAUGAUUUCUGGAGGAUUCAAAAUCACCGGAGAAUGGUUAUCAAAUGAAUGUUUGGAAUACGUUUUCCGAAAUCUUGGCCAUGACAUUACAAAAUCCAACCUGAAGGUGCUGCUUCGAGAAACAACACUUAGUGGAAAAGAACUGGAAGAAAGUAAACAUUCAGCUUACGAAUUGCUGAAAAACACCUUCCAACAGAAACAAAGACAACUUGGUGAACAAAGUGGAGGAAUGAUUAAUUUCGAUCAAUUUCUUCGGGAUUUGCUCAAACCUCUUAAGAAACCCGACCUUGAGCAGAAGGCACAACAAUACAUCAACGCAUUCAAUGAAAAGAUGCUAAAGCAAGCUCAGGCCAGUACCAUGAUCCCUGAGUCACAAAGCCAGCAGAGAACAACUCGACAACGGACACAAUUUUCAGACUCCGCCAGCACAAAACGAGAAGAAAGUCGACAAACACCUGUUGAAGAGCGUUUGUCCAAGAUUGAAGAUACCCUUGGACGACUGGAAAAGUUUUUAAGUGGGUCAAAUCCUAAGACUGAAUAUAGCCCACUUGAAAAAUAUGAAUCGAUGUUAGAAGCAUCUGGUCUAAAGUCUCAGUACAAGGGGCUGCUGCAAGAUAUAUACACAGCUAAAUAAUAUAUGUAUAUAUUUAUUGGACAAAAUGUUAUGAAUCGAGAAUAUCUAUGGUAUUUACAAACAUGUAGGCGUAUACUUUUAUAUAAUGUUUUAGAAAUAAUCUUUCAUAAUACUUGUUCUAGCCAUUUUGUGUUACCACAUUGUAAAAAAUGAAUCAUGUACAUCGCCUGCAACAAA